AUGCUGGAAGAAGCCGGCCUGAAGAACGUCCAAGAGAAGCGAGUGGUUGUCAAGUUGGGCAAGAAGGCGAAAACGGAGUUCCAAGAAAUGAGUAUCCAUGGGGUUACUGGACCCCUUGUGCCGUUGACGAGCGUCGCGCGGACAGUCCCAUCUUCAUUCACCAAUGAACAGCUUGAUGCACUGCCGGCACGAGUCAAAGAGGAGCUGGAAACCGAAGGAGGUCAGGUUGAGAUGGUCAUUGCCUUUGGCCAGAAGGCUUAA